ACAGCUGUACAGGGGUGCCUGUCACACAACUGUGACCUUACAUGACCUGAUUUAUGACCCUACUAGACCUACAACUCCCCGUCUGUGCAGCAUCCCUAGCAUAGGCUGGAGUCAGCUGGGCAUCACAACACAUCUGCUUGGUGUGCAAGGAUCUGUCCCUCCACUCUUCCCUGGAUCCUGACUCUGGAUGUCCCGGGAUGCAGCUCCGGAGUUCCGGGAUUUGGCUGAUCCUCUGCUCGAUGUGGGCUUUACAGGUGCCUGGAGGUCGCGGUAUUUGCGCCAGACGUGGGCAUCCCAGAUGUUGCCCGGGGAGAAAUAACGCCUGCACCGGAGUCAGUCCCACCGGGACCAUGUGUUACUGUGACACCUACUGUCAACGGAGCGCCGACUGUUGCGAGGACUACGGCGUGCAGUGUGGGGGGAGCGUCUCUCACUGUGUGGUUGGCCCAUGGGGUAUAUGGAGUGAGUGCAGCUCUCGUUGUGGGAUUGGUAGCAGAGAGAGGGCACGACAAGUGACAGUGCCCCCAAGGAGUGGAGGGAGCCCUUGUCCGGACCUCAGACAACGCCAGGGCUGCUAUGGAGAUGACCCCACUUGUCAUAGUUCCAAAGAAGUGGCCAGGAUAUUACCUGGCUCCUUUAAAAGGUUAUCCAAGGACCCUUGGAGGAAACCCUACACUAUGACACCUGAUAGACAUCCAAGUUAUUGUGUCUACUUCCGUCUGAAACAUGUGGGACCUGGUUGCCGCCUGCAAAGCUGGAGCAGACAGCUUGAACAAGAACAAAUGGUGUGUGUAGAGUGUCAGGCGGAGGCGACUACUGCUAGUGGAAGGUGCCAGGGGGAUGGUGUGGCAGGUGCCAGGACAUUUUGGACAGUUGCAUUACUCCCUAGAUGUCAAGGCUCAUGGAUACAGGAAGACCUCAGAGAAGAUUGCAUGUGCCAUUCAUUCUCCUUCCUAUUCGUGUGACCAGGAUCAUCACAUGGGGCUUUUGGGCAGACACAACUUACCAUGCCUGUCAAAGCACAAAGACAAAUAGUUUACCUCUCAGAUACCUACCUCUGCAAUUUGCCUCUUGAAGGAGCCUGUCCUCCUUUUUUAAUAAUCUUACUAUUGUUUAAUAAUAUGUGAGUACAUGUGUUUGGCAGUGAUGUCAUGAGGUCACAUGUCUGAUGUUUUCUCCGAUUGCUGAUUUAUUA